UCGUGGUGCCUAGGCGCCGUGAUCUCAUCAGUUGGCUUUAUCAGCAUUCCCGAGAGUUCCAACAUUACUUAUACGUUUCGCGUUUCACGCAGACAUUCGUACUUCUGAGUUAAUUGACGGGUGCGCUCUGACGGAGCUUCAAUAGCGUCUGUGCUGCGUUGUAAGGACAUGUUUCUACUGGGUGUGCCCGGGUGGCUGUUGUUCGCCGUCACAUUGUGCGCUCUUCUAUACCUAUAUUCGGUGCGAAAAAGAAAAUAUUGGAAGGAACAGAAUGUUAAGCAUGAACCUCUGUCUGUGUUCGCAGCGGUCAAACGUUUGCUUCUUAAGCCUCCUCACAUCGUGGACCAGGAGCGGUAUAAGAAGAUGGGCAGACUCUUUGGAUUUUUUGAAGGUGGCGAACCGAUUCUCAUGGUGGCAGAACCGGAUUUGAUCAAGUUGGUGCUUGUGAAAGAUUUUCCGAAUUUGCCAGACAGGAUGCCAUUUCAGUUUUUUGAGCCUCUGCUGGAUAACACGGUUGGCGUAACCCCGUUGGAAACAUGGCGAAGGAUUCGGCCAAGUGUCAGUCCCGCCUUCACAACGGGAAAACUGCGCAAGAUGACUGACUUGAUUCAACAGUGCGCGAAGAAAACAGCGAUUCAUCUGACGACAGCUGCACAUACCCAAACGGAUGUGGAGAUGAAGCAGUUUUACGGACACUACGCUAUGGAUGUGAUAUCUCGUUGCGCAUUCGGUACAGAAGUGGAUUCGCACUCAGAUAAAACGAACGAAUUCGUAACCUGUGUCAGAACGGUGAUCUCGGGAGGCCUGAGCCUACGCCUACUGGUGCUAAUGUUGUUUCCUGGACUGAUGAAUGCACUUCGAAUGAAGGUGUUUGACCCAAGAGCCUUCGAGUACCUCAAGAACUUCACACUUGCCGUUAUCAAGAAGAGAGAAAAUGAGCGCCACGAAGACUUUCUACAGCUUAUGAUGGACGCACAAGAAGGCACGUUGAGCGAUGGCGGUGAAAGUACACUAGAAAGUAAUUCAGAAGUAUUCAACUUAGGGUCUGACUCCAAGUGCAACGUUCUGUUUGGAGCGAGACGUUUGACAGAAAUGGAAGCUCUGGCUCAAUGCGUGCAGUUCUUUCUCGCCGGCCUGGACACCACGUCAGCAGUAUUGGCGUACACCGCACAUCUCCUGGCGCUUAACCCGGAUGUGCAGAACAAACUGCGAAAAGAAGUUAAUGAAUGCAUUGAAACACACGGCUGCGAUCCUAGUCUGGAUGUUGUUUCCAGGUUGAAGUAUCUGCACUGCGUUUUGUCGGAGACUCUACGGAUGUAUCCACCUGCACCAAGGCUCCAAAGGAUUGCCAGCAAAGAGUACGUCCUUGGUGAGACAGGAAUCAGGUUGUCCAGUGGCUGCGCUGUUGUCGUGCCUGUCUACGCUAUGCACCAUGACCCUCUACUCUUUCCAGAUCCUGAAAAAUUCAAUCCAGACAGGUUCAGCGAAGAAAACGCCGGCUCCAUCCUGCCGUACACCUACCUACCUUUUGGGGCAGGACCGCGGAACUGCGUCGGCAUGCGGUUCGCUCUGCUUUCGCUGAAGCUGUGCCUCCUGCAUUCUGUGAGAAGCGUGGAAUUCGUUCGUACGGUAAAAACAAAGGUGCCGUUGAAGUUCCACAAAGGCAUCCCCGUUCUCAGCGCCAAAGACGUCUUUCUCGGAAUCAGAAAAAUACGCUCCCCUAUAAGCGAACGUAUGCCGCACUGAAGACACGUACCUAAAGCAUAUCAUAUAUUUACAACCUCGGA